AUGGCUGACGAUCACGAUGUUACCUUCGAGUCCGCCGACGCCGGCGCGUCUCUCACGUUCCCGAUGCAGUGCUCGGCUCUACGCAAGAACGGCUUCGUCGUGAUCAAGGGCCGCCCCUGCAAGAUCGUUGACAUGUCGACCUCCAAGACCGGCAAGCACGGUCACGCCAAGGUCCACCUUGUCGCCCUUGACAUCUUCACCGGCAAGAAGUACGAAGAUCUCAGCCCUUCCACCCACAACAUGGAUGUCCCCAACGUCUCUCGUCGCGAGUUCCAGCUUCUCGACAUUUCUGAUGAUGGCUUCCUUUCUCUCAUGAACGACGACGGUGACACCAAGGACGAUGUCCGCAUGCCCGACGGCGAGGUUGGUGAGAAGAUCAACAAGCUCUUCAAGAUCGAUGAGAAGGACACCAACGUCAUUGUCCUCACCUCCAUGGGCGAGGAGGCCGCUGUUGAGGCCAAGGAAGCCCCCCGCCAGGGUUAA